GCUCAAUAUAACUUUCUUCACUGGAACAGCUGAAGUCGUAGAUGCAGAUAGAUGUGGAAUAUAAAUAUUACUGUAUAUUAGAGUAAAGCCUAAAGAGGAUUUAAUUGAAAACAAUAUUGUUCGCUUAUAUCUACUGUUCUAAUUCCAGAAUGAUGGAGAAGAGUUGCAGCCAAAAUAUACAUCAUUGAUAUUAUUGUGUUCUCUGGACAAAUGUGUUACCACCAACUUACGUAUCUAACAUCUUAUGUUAUCCAAUCAGGAAGCAUUCUAGAUACUAAUAGAUUGCUUUUUUUUAGAAGUUUGAUAAGAAAUUAAAAUUGUAACCAAUCAUCUAAUCAAAUAAACUAAUUAUUUCUGAUAAAUAUAAAAUGGGUGGGAAUGUGGGAAAAUAAAAACUUGGCAGAAAAAAAUAACGUUAUUACAACGUAAAUUCGUUAAUCAAUUUUAUCUACUACUACAUUAUUCCAAUGGAAAAUAGUUCUCCUGUUGUUCAACAACCAACAUCAGUACAUAGGCAGACAUUCGAAAGAGAAUGGAGUAGUGGACUUUGUGCUUGUUUUGAUGACCUACCAACAUGUUGUCUAGUUCUAUUCUGUCCUCAUUGUUACAUGUGUUAUUUAUAUAAUAAAGAAGGGGAAUCAUGCUGGGUUCCAUUCUGUGGUGCAGGCAUUUUACCAUUACGUAUUAAACAUCGUGUUAUACACAAAAUAAUGGGUACUCUAAUGAAUGAUGUUUGUAUUACAUGCUUUUGUGGACAAUUAGCUACAUGUCAAUUAAAACGUGAUAUAGAUUAUGCAAAAUCUAUCAGAAUGGAAAUUUAAAUAAUAUUACACACACACACACACACAAAGAGAGAGAGAGGGAGAAAUAUGGUCAGGUAUUUUUCGUAAACAUCGAAAAAACUAGUCUGCUGUUUAUUUUUUUAAAUGUUCAAUUUUACAUUUCGAAAGGUUCACCCUGUUUUUUUUUUAUAGAAAAAACCGUAGAAAUUUAACACUUACACAGAUAAUUAAUUAUAUUAGAUUGAAUGAUUUGAAUGCAAUUUUCCAAUGAAAACAAACAAAUAGACUUGUUUGUAUUGAAUUGCUCAUUUAUAAAGACAAAACAAAACAAACAAGAGAUAGAUUCUAUCUAGAAUGAAUGAAAAAUUACUGGGUUUUUUGUUGAUUCAUUUCAAAAUUUCACAAAAUAUCACUAUUUGAAUUAACCAGUUUUUUUUAAAUUAUUGUUCUGUUUUAUCAUUGAACACAUUCAAUUUGUAAAAAAACUUGAACGCUGUAAUGGUGUUUUUUUAGUGUUUUUGUUUAAAUAAUUGUUUUAAGUACGUAACUGACUGUUACAUUCAACUGUUAAAAGACUAUGAUAAAAAAAUCUGUUAAAAUUCCAAUGAUUAAGUAAAUUAAAUAGAAAGGGGUUUUGUGGAUAUUAAUAGUUGAGUUCAUAAAUCACUUGAAGCUAAACAAUCAUGGAAAACCUGGAAGCAUUGAACUGCCAUUUCGUCUUAGUAUGAGACUCCACAGCAGUGCGCAUCCGCGAUCCUGCUACACGAGAUUUGAACCCAGGAACUAUUGGUAGUAGAUUACUGUGUGGUGGACCAAACAGUAUAUUAACCAAAAAGGAAUAGCAAUAAAGUUAUUACGUCCAAAAGUUAAUAUAACAAUAAACAACCUAUAAAUUAUUAACGCAAAAUAAAGGUUCAGGGACAUUACUUAAAUCAGAUGGCUGUUGCGUGUUCCGUCGUGCUUGGUACCAAAGAUCCACAAUUAUAGAUAAUUAAUAAUUUCAAUGAGGUAAAUAUGGCUCCAGCCAGUUUUCUCGACGUCGAAUGCAAUAGGAAUGUCAUAACAGUCUAUAAAUAUAGUUGACAGUUAAUCAAUAGUUUAGUUAUUAUAUCCACAGGCAUGAUAGAACGAGGCAUGCGUGUAUAAGAGUGUAUUUAAUAAUGCACAGUUAACAAUGUUGUGCUAUGUGUAAUUCAAAAAGGAAGUUAGUUGUCAAGGUCACAUAUUUAAACAACAAGUACAAUCGUUCAGUGAUAAAUGUACAGAUUAUGGAAAUAAACAAAAUAAAUGCAAAAGCUAUCAAAACUAUUUACAAAAUAGGUUUAUUAGGCCUAUCUCCACAACUGAAGACAAUGGUGGACGGUGGCGCGAUUUCGUGGAUUGGUUGAAGUUAGACAUUAACACGGUUGGUCCAGGGAUUAAGCGAUCGCGCGCGAGACUGAAGGUCUUGGGUUGGAUUGCACGUGAAGGAUCGUGGAUGCGCACUGUUGAGGAGUCCUAUGCUAGGACGAAACGGACGUCUAGUGCUUCCAGGUUUUCCAUGGUGAUCUAGACUCAAU